AUGCUGGGGGAACGCACGCUCCGGCUGCAGCAUGGGAACCGCAUCGAGGCCCUGUGCGUGCUGGGCACCCACAUCUCCGCGGACGUCUAUGGGGCGGCCCCAGCCGGGGCGGUCUCCUUUGGUGUGAAGCACACAGAGGGGGUGAGCGUGGAGGUGGCGUGCCGGGGCCGAGCAGAGGUCGGGUCAGCCCCCAGCAGCGGGACACGGUGGCCACUGGACGAGGGGACGGUCCUGAGGUUCAGCAUGAGCCGGGCCAGCACUGAGGUCAACGAUAACAAGGUAACCGUCAGCUUUUACGCAGAGGGAGGGCAGCCCAUCAACCAAGCCGGGGUCUUCCUCACUGGCAUCGGGAUCUCUCUGGACGUCGACGCGGAUCGGGACGGCGUGGUGGAGAAGAACAACCCCAACAAGGCAAGCUGGACCUGGGGUCCUGAGGGACACGGGGCCAUCCUGCUCGUCAGCUGCGACAAGGAGAGCCCCUUCACUCCAGCAUCGGACUGCAACGACGAAAGGGCAUUCAGCAAAGAAGAUUUGCUGGACAUGUCUCAGAUGGUCUUGAGGACCGAAGGGCCACAGCGCCUGCCCCGGGGGUACGAAAUCGUUCUCUAUAUUCCUGUCUCCAACGCCGACAAAGUUGGGGUCUUUCAUGUGCAGAACCCCUUCUUUGGGCAGCGCUACGUCCACGUGCUGGGCCGGAGGAAGCUGUACCACACCGUGCAAUACACCGGUGGGGCUGCCGAGCUCGACUUCUUCGUCGAGGGGCUCCGCUUUCCCGACGACACCUUCCCCGGGCUGGUCUCCAUCCAUGUCAGCCUCCUGGAGACCCUGGCUGAGGGUAUCCCCCAUACACCAAUCUUCACCGACACAGUAGUGUUCAGGGUAGCACCAUGGAUCAUGACCCCCAACACUUUGGCACCGGUGAACGUCUUCAUCUGCAGCAUGAAGGACAACUACCUCUUCAUCAAGGAGAUAAAACACCUGGUGAACAAGGCUGGCUGUGAGCUGAAGGUUUGCUUCGGCUACAUCAACCGUGGGGACCGCUGGAUGCAGGAUGAGAUUGAGUUUGGCUACACCCACGCUCCCCACAAAAGCUUCCCGGUGGUGCUGGACUCCCCUCGAGAUGGAGGGCUGGAGCAAUUCCCCAUCAAGAAGCUGCUGGGCCCCGACUUUGGCUACGUGACCAGAGAGCCCCUCUUCGAAGCCAUCACCAGUCUCGACUCCUUCGGCAACCUGGAGGUCAGUCCACCUGUGACCGUGGCAGGGAAGGAGUAUCCCCUGGGGAGGAUCCUCAUCGGCAGCAGCUUCCCCACAUCCGCAGGGAGGAGAAUGACCAGAGUGGUGCGGGAUUUCCUCUACGCCCAGCAAGUGCAGGCUCCCGUGGAGCUCUACUCUGACUGGCUGUCCGUGGGCCACGUCGAUGAGUUCGUCACUUUUGUGCCCACCUCUGAUGCAAAGCGAUUUCGGAUGUUGAUGGCCAGCCCCGCGGCGUGCUACAAGCUCUUUCGGGAGAAGCAGAAGGAGGGCCAGGGUGAAGCCACCAUGUUCAAAGGGUACUCGGGGACAGACACGAAACGGGUCACCAUUAACAAGGUCCUUUCCAACGACAUCCUGGUGCGGCAGAACCAGUAUGUCCAGUGCUGCAUCGACUGGAACAGGGACAUUCUCAAGAAGGAGCUGGGGUUGACGGAGGAGGACAUUGUCGACCUGCCGGCCCUCUUCAAGCUCGACAAGCAGGGCAAAGCCGUGCCGUACUUCCCCAACAUGGUCACCAUGAUCGUCCUGGCCAGGGACCUGGGCAUCCCCAAACCCUUCGGCCCCGUGGUGGGGGGUGAAUGCUGCCUGGAGCGGCGGACCCGCUCCCUCCUGGAGCCGCUGGGCCUACGCUGCCGCUUCCUCGAGGAUGUGGCCUCCUACCACGGCAGGCUCGGGGAGGUCCGCUGCGGCACCAACGUCCAGCGGCGGCCCUUCGCCUUCAAAUGGUGGCACGUAACGCCAUAG